UCCUUCUUCCCGUCAUGCACCUCGCUUAUGUUGGCACAGUAUUUGAUUGAUUAACAUCACAUUUAGGUUAACCGCACGAGUACUGUGUUGGAAUGAAAUGAGAAAUAAAAAUAUAAAAUGUCGGUCUAGUUUAUGUAAGCAGGAAGUAAAACUGUUACCGGGGUCAAAGUUAACGGUGAGCUCUGGGGCUAGAUAAACCGUAACUACGCAACCAGCGCGAGCUGAAACAUCGAUGGUCUGCAGUUUGUUUUCCUGCGUUUUCUGUUGGACAUGGAAAAACAAAGCUACGUAAAGGAAAGGCUCAUAGCACCUACUGACUUCACCUCUCCAAGGAGCAUCCAGGGAGAUUUGAUGCCCCCUUCACAUUUUGCAUCGACUAUCCAACCUGCUGAUGCUCCGGGGGCCUCAGGAACACCUGAUCUUUCACAACCGCCCCCUCCACAUACGCCCUGGGUCAAUCCAGCGGUAAGAAGAAAACCACCAGAGGAGCCCAGUGCUGUCACCCCAUGGCUCGCCAUCACACAGACCCAGCAGGAAAUCUUGAACUUAAAAAAGGAAAAUCAGAGAAUCCUUAUGCUUCGAGGAGAUAAUAGCAGAGGAAAGACUUCUGCAGAUGAUCGACCAGACAUUAGAGCUGGAUCCUCAGAAAGCAGUAAGCAGUGGUUCCAAUCAGACCCGGGGUGGCUUCUGAAAAUAGAGAAACACAAGGCGGAGGCUGAAAGGUCAAAAGGCCAAGUGGAGGCCUUAAAGGAGACAGCAGAGAGGUACAGGGAAGAACUGAGAGAGAAGGACAUAUCUCUGAGCAGACAGAGGCAUGAGUUGGAGACAAUGCAAAAAGAACUGUCAAAAGCAAAGACUGAACUCUGCCGAGCCAGAGAGGAGCUGAGCCUCAGCAGUGCGCAGAAGAAGGAAAUGAGCUUCCAGCUUGAAAAAUUGCAAAUGGAGUCCAAUGAGGAAAUUACAAAGCUGAGGAGAGAUGUAGAGAGGAGCGAGGAGUUGUUCAGGGACCUAGCUCUUCAGGCUGAAAGAGAGCGUUUUAAGGCUGAGGAGGAAGCCAAACUGCAGGCUCUCAGGGUGAGGGAGAAGAUUGAAGAGCUAAAGAUGAAACAGGAGGUAGAGAUCCAGCAGCUGAAUGCGUCCCAUUGUGCAGAGCUGGACGCAGCCAGAAAAGCAAACAAUGACCUACAGAACCGACUUCAGUCAAUGACAGCUGAAGUGCUGCAGCUAAAAAGCGCUUUGAUGGAGGUGUCUGCAGAGAGGGAUGGACUCAGAGAACAUUUAAGCCAAAUGGGACAAGCCUUUGAGACACAAUCUGCAACACUGCACAGCCUCAGAAAUUACAUCGGCCAACUCGCCCCAGAGAACGGAGAGAGAGAACGAUUAAACGAAGCUGUUGAGAGGCUGAGCAAGGAGAAAGCGGCUCUCCAGACGACUACAGAGCUUCUGACAGUCAGGCUUAACUCGGUGAAUGAGAUUCUCAGCCUCCAAGAAGAGAAAAUUAAGAGUACCUCAACAGAUCCUCUGAUGAAGAGCGGAUGUAAAGCACUGCAAGUGCUUCAUCUGUGGAGGGAGAAAGUCUUCCAGUUGUGUGUCCAACUCCGGUCCAAAGACAUUGAGAUGAGAAGAGAGAAGGACAAACUCCUCUCAGAGGUGCGAUCCAUGGAGCAGCAGCUGCAGCAGGAGCAGCACCAAGCCAGCGUGCUCCAACACAGCCUGCAUGAUAGAAUAGCUGAGCUGGACCUGGAGAGAGUGGAGAAUCAGACAUUAAAACAAAACCUUGCAGAGGCUUCCAGAGAAAACACAGAGCUGAAUGUACAGAAGCAGAAGGGAGAGGCUGACAUUAAAGAACUGACCCAGGCUCUGCAGAGGUUCGGACGUGGAUUAGAAACCAGGUUGGCGGAUGUAGACGCGGCCAGAGAGAAGCUCAGCAGUUGUGCUCAGAGACUUUCGUUUGCCAACAGAAGAGUGGAGACAAUCCAAGGUUUGAUCAUGAGGAAGACGGCUCUGAAGAAAAUAGAACAAGCUUCUAAACAGACAGAACCGGAAAAUGACAGCAUCAUUAACUUAAAGAUGGAGAACAGUUUGGUUUGUGAAGAGAGAGACAGACUCAUGCAGGAGCUGAGAAGAACUCCAGAGCUCGUAGAGAAAGCUCUGGCUGAUCUAAAAGAACAAUAUGAGAGUAAAGUCAGGCAGCUGCAGCAGGACUUGGAGCACAGCUGCGCUCAGGUCAGGCUGGCUGUGGCCUCUAAAGAGCAGGCAGAGCAAAGCUUGCAGGAGAUCCAGGCCCAGCUGGAGGAAAAGAACGCCAGCAUGGAGAGCCUCCGCUGUGAACUGCUUCGCCAGCAGGAGCAAAGCAAGUGUGCCCUACUGGAAAAAGUGGCUGAGAUUGAGGGGCGAUGUGCUGAGAAACUGAAAGAGAUGGAGGUUCGAGUCAGUUCUGCCAGGAGAGAACACACCAAAGCAGUUAUGACUUUACGGGAGUUUCAGAGGGAGGCAGCAAGGAAACACGAUGAGGCGAGAGAAAUUCGACGACCGGAUAAUGAGAAGACGAAGCCUGAAAUGUUUAUUAAAAAACCGAAGGGGAGGGAACAGAGAGAUGACCUGCCUCCUGUCCAGGUUGCUGAAAACGGACCAAAUGAGGUUACAGAGGGUCACACAGCAGCUGCCCCUCCCAGAAACAUACCCACAGAGACGCUGCUGAGUGUGUUAGAGGAUCUCCAUACGCUCAGCGCCGCCGUGGUGAACAGCUCAGAGGACUCUGCAGAGGAAGACGGGCAGACAGCUAAUACCUGCAGAUGAGUCACUGAUGCAGACAGAGUGCAAAUAUUUCAUCUGGAAAAAAGGUGCGAAGUGGUGCUGAUGCCUCCUAAAGGUACUGGAACGUCCCGAAGAGCCAGACAUCCGAGGAGCCGUGCUUGGGGACGUUACGGCUCUGGAGCUCUGUGGACUUGUUUGGAUGACUUAGAUAUGUGUCAAAUCUUUCUGGGUUUUUAAUCUACUGAAUGACAGGUAUAUGUGUUCAAAUCUGCGUUUCUAAUAAAAAGUGUGAAGAAUA